GAGCCGCAUGAUGUCGCUGUCUGCAAACAAGUUCUGUCUAAGCCAAGAUCCAGACUUAACUUCAAGCAGUAUCUGUCUUUAAAUGCCAAACAAUGGCGGAUGCAAUCGAAUGGGACUAAAAGACUCCAAGCAAUGCAAUAGUUCCUCUUUAUCUCGAAGAAGCUUUUCUGAUACCAAUAAAACGAGUACUUGACAUGGUGUUUUCUUGGCGAGGAGGCCCGGAACCCCGGUGUCUGCUGCUCUCGCUUUUGCUCCUUGCAUCCUGGGAGACAGGGAGCGGCCAGGUCCACUACUCGGUCCCCGAGGAGGCCAAACACGGCACCUUUGUGGGCCGCAUCGCCCAGGACCUGGGGCUGGAGCUGGCGGAGCUGGUGCCGCGCCUGUUCCGGGUGGCGUCCAAAGGCCGCGGGGACCUUCUGGAGGUAAAUCUGCAGAAUGGCAUUUUGUUUGUGAAUUCUCGGAUCGACCGCGAGGAGCUGUGCGGGCGGCGCCUGGAGUGCAGCAUCCACCUGGAGGUGGUCGUGGACAGGCCGCUGCAGGUUUUCCAUGUGGAGGUGGAGGUGAAGGACAUUAACGACAACCCGCCAGUGUUCCUGGUUAAAGAACAAAAGCUAUUUGUUUCAGAAUCCAGAAUGCCAGAUUCUCGGUUUCCGCUAGAGGGUGCUUUUGAUGCAGAUAUUGGAGCUAACUCCGUUUUAAACUAUAGGCUUAGCUAUAGUGAUUUCUUCAUGCUAGAUGUGAAUUCAAAAAACGAGGAGAAUAACCGAGUUGAGCUCGUGUUAAGGAAAUCCUUGGACAGAGAGGAAGCUUCGGAACAUAACUUAUUCCUGACAGCCACUGACGAAGGCAAACCUGAGCUCACUGGCACUGUUCAGCUGCUGGUCACCGUGCUGGAUGUGAAUGACAAUGCUCCCAGUUUCGAACAGCCUGAGUAUCAAGUAAGAUUAUUCGAAAACUCAGCCAACGGGACAAUAGUUAUCAGACUGAAUGCUUCUGAUCGGGAUGAAGGACCUAAUGGUGAGAUUUCGUACUCUUUUAAUAGCCUUGUUCACCCCUUGGUUAGUGAUCAGUUUAGCAUAGAUUCAAAUACUGGAGAAGUAACAGUCCGAAAGAAUCUGGAUUUUGAAAAAGCGAAUUCCUAUAAAAUCCGCAUUGACGCUACCGACAGAGGACACCCGCCGAUGGUGGGUCAUUGUACAAUUUUGGUUAAAGUCUUAGAUAUUAAUGAUAAUGCCCCUCAGGUUUCCUUGACUUCAGUGGCCCUUCCGGUCAGGGAAGACGCUCCUCUAGGCAGUGUGAUCGCCCUCAUCAGUGCGUCCGACCGCGACGCCGGCGCCAACGGGCAGGUGACCUGCACCCUGUCGCCCCACGUCCCCUUCAAGCUGGUGUCCACCUUCAAGAAUUACUACUCGCUGGUGCUGGACAGCGCCCUGGACCGCGAGAGCGUGGCGACCUACGAGCUGCUGGUGACAGCGCGGGACGGGGGCUCGCCUCCGCUGUCGGCCACCGCCAGCGUGUCCGUGCAGGUGGCCGACGUGAACGACAACGCGCCGGCGUUCGCGCAGCCCGAGUACACGGUGUUCGUGAGGGAGAACAACCCGCCGGGCCGCCACAUCUUCACGGUGUCGGCGCGCGACGCGGACGCGCAGGAGAACGCGCGGGUGUCCUACUCGCUGGUGGAGCGGCGCGUGGGCGAGCGCGCGCUGUCGAGCUACGUGUCGGUGCACGCGGAGAGCGGCAAGGUGUACGCGCUGCAGCCGCUGGACCACGAGGAGCUGGAGCUGCUGCAGGUCCAGGUGAGCGCGCGCGACGCGGGCGUGCCGCCCCUGGGCAGCAACGUGACGCUGCAGGUGUUCGUGCUGGACGAGAACGACAACGCGCCCGCGCUGCUGCCGCCUGGGGCGGGCGGCGGCGGCGCGACGAGCCAGCUGGUGUCGCGGUCGGUGGGCGCGGGCCACGUGGUGGCCAAGGUGCGCGCGGUGGACGCGGACUCGGGCUACAACGCGUGGCUGUCGUUCGAGCUGCAGGCGGCGGCGGGGGGCGCGCGCAGCCCGUUCCGCGUGGGGCUGUACACGGGCGAGGUGAGCACGACGCGCGCGCUGGACGAGGCGGACGCGCCGCGCCAGCGCCUGCUGGUGCUGGUGAAGGACCACGGCGAGCCGGCGCUGACGGCCACGGCCACCGUGCUGCUGUCGCUGGUGGAGAGCGGCCAGGCGCCCAGGGCGUCGUCGCGGGCGUCGGCGGGCGCCCGGAGCACGGAGGCGGCGCUGGUGGACGUCAACGUGUACCUGGUCGUCGGCAUCUGCGCGGUGUCCAGCCUGCUGGUGCUCACGCUGCUGCUGUACACGGCGCUGCGGUGCUCGGCGCCGCGCAGCGAGGGCGCGUGCGGGCCGGGGCGGCCCCCGCUGGUGUGCUCCAGCGCGGUGGGGAGCUGGUCGUGCUCGCAGCCGAGGCGGCAGCGCUGUGCUCUGGGGAGGGGCCGCCCAAGGCCGACCUCAUGGCCUUCAGCCCCAGUCUUCCAACCUGUCCAGUAGCAGAUAUGGAAGUGCACGGUCAGUCUUCCGGAGGGGAUAACUCUGGGAAGCCACGACAGCCCAACCCUGACUGGCGUU